AUGUUCUUUACUCGGAUAUUCUUGUGUUUAGUUAUUCAAAUCAUCAUCAUCGAGGUAACGGCCGGAAGAGCGAAAACAUCCGAAAACUCCGAAACCAUUCUUCCACUUAACCGCCUGAACGCCAUGGCUAAACAAUACAACGAGAAAGUACAAAAAGAGGGUUCUUGCUCGAAUCCUGUGGCUAAAUUGAUUCCGGUGGGCACUUCUCCGGAAAAAAUCUACGUUCCUCACUGUGCCAUACUCCACAGAUGCUCGGAGGACACGGGAUGUUGUCACGGCAGCAGAAAGGUGUGCCAAGCCAAGAAAACGAAGAAGGUCAAGCUUCCGUUCAGAGUGUUCGAAUUACUUACUAAUGGCACGUACGAUGGAGGUGAACCCAUCCUGCUGAAUUUUCUGAAUCAUACUAAAUGCGCUUGUAGGAAGAUGCGAAAGAUUGCAUAG